AAUUAACCAUGAUAAGUUACUGAAUCAAAGCAUAAAAACAAAAAAAGAACUGUAUUCUUUCAUCGUUUAUUAUUCAUUGAAAACUGUUCAGCAAGCAAAAAAAUGUUAAAAGUUUUUUGUCUUUUAUUUAUUAUUUCAAAAUUUAAUAUUCCAGUUCAUUCAGAUCAGAUAAUCGAAUAUGUACCAGUUGUUCUUCAUGCAGUUCUUAAUAGUUAUGAAAUUGAACCAGAAAAUGAUUUUAUUGUCGAAAAAGAUGGAAAUGGUUUAAUUGAAUGGAAAAGAAAUGUAACAACAGGACCAGAUGGAUUACAAAUGUUUCUAAUUGAUGAAAAGGCUAAGGAAGAACAUAGCAUUGAUGAUAUGUGUGAUACGAAACGAAAUUCUUUCACUUUUCCACAAGUGAUAAGGGGAUUAUUGGGAAUUGAUUCUUGUCCAAUUGCGAAGUGGAGGCUCUCUCUUAUCGCUCCUGAAUUCUCAAUAUCUGGAAAAGCAAUUAAACAUAUUUGUGGUAAACCAAAAAGUAUUGUUUUAAAAUUGUUUUCUAAAAAACAACACAAACCGGUUAUGACUUUUCGUAUGAAUUUAUAUCAAUUAAGAGUUCAUGAAUGUAAAAAGUAGAAACGCUAACAAAAAUUGACAGUAGAGUUGAAAUACUGGCACGGUACACCAGCACUGCGCCAGUAGUAUAUACUGUGUAUAGGAAAU